AUGUGCCACGGAGCUCGUGCAUCAACUCGGCACGUUCUCGAUGUAAAUGCAUCCCUGUUUAACGGUCCACGCCUCGCCCCGUGCCAAGUCGCUCACUCGCGCGGUACACUCGUCCGCGGCACACUCGUCCCGCCUAUUCCCGUUCUCACCGCCCGCACCGCCCGCACCGACGACGAUGGCCAGCACUUGCCCCUGGGCCUUCUGGAGUAUGAUUGGCCUUCGGCCCGCCUCCUGUCACGGAUCGCCGCCACCUUACUAGAAGAGGAGCUGGGCUACCAUGUGGUUCUGCAGCACCGCACGGCAAGCUUUAUGGAGUCUCUGCGCCAGCUCGCUGGCUGCGCCGAGGGCGAGGGCACUGGGAUCCUGGGCCGUGAACCCGAUGGUGUGCCCCAAACAGUUCGAGGCAACACGGUUAGGCCUUGCUCCGCAGAGGCUCGUUGCCAUGUGGCCCUCGACAGCCCCCUGGGAAGGAAUGAGCAUACACAUCUGGCCUUUCGGGCGGCCACGCCCUUGACAGCCCCCGAGGAUAUCGGGAGCAUCUUGGACAUGCUCCAGAAAUCAAUUUCCGCGAGCCCCGAACACUUGCUUAAACAAGCCAAAGACAUCAGAAUUCAGAAACCCGAGCCCUAG